AUGCUACAAAAUAAGCAAAUGAAACAAGUUCUGAAAAGCUUUGGAACCAAGAAAGAAUCUGAAAACUGUUAUAGAAAACAGUUUCUGAAAAUAGUAACAGAUUAUGGGUAUAAUAAACUUAAACAGAUAGAUACAAACAGAAAAUGUCUUAGAAAACAAUUUCUAAAAACAGAUGUUGCAAGUCUGAGGGAAGGUACAAAUGGAUCUGAUUCUGAAGAGAAAUCAUUCAAUAGUAAUGUUGUUGACUUGUCUGGUGGGAAAACCAAGUUGUGGAAACCUAUUGUUCCUAAAGAAUUUAUGUCAGAUGUAGAUGCUACUUAUCAAUCAUUAGAGGAGGCGGUUGAAAUGUAUAAAUUAUAUGCAGAUAAAGUAGCUUUUGGUGUCAGGUUAAAUACAAUAAUGAGGUUUGGUGACAAAGCCAUUAAAAAGGGAACUGGAAGGAAUAAACAAAACUCAAACUUCAAAAUCACGGACUGCAAGGCAUUGAUAAAGUUUGAACGACUACAUAUGGGAACUAAUUCUUGUAAAAUAUAUGAGUUCGAAGAGAAGCACAACCACCCCCUAGAAACUAAAGAAGAAAGACGGUAUUCCAAACGUGCACGACGACUUAGUUAUAAAUACAAGGAGUUUAUAGUGCGUUCCUCAACUUCUAACAUUGGUGCAAAAAAGGCACAUAAGUUACAAGCUAGUUUACAAGGAGGUUAUGAAAACGUUGACCCUGAAGUAAUUGAUUAUAAAAAUUUUAGAAGGAAGAUGGGAAACAUUAUAGAUGACAAGGAUGCACAACUGGUUGUUGACAAAAUGAACAUGAGGAAAUAUGAGUUACCUAACCACACAUUUGAGUAUAAAGGUGUUGAUAGUGUGCUAAACGCAAUGUUUUGGGCAGAUGAAACCGAUAAGUUAUAUUACAAGGAGUUUGGAGAUGUGAUCUCAUUUGAUGCUACAUUUCGAACAAAUAAGUACGGAAUGAUUUUUGUGCCGUUUACAGCCAUUGAUAACAACAAACGUUCAAUAAACAUUGGAGCAGGUUUGUUAAGCAACGAGUCAAUAGAAUAUUAUCGUUGGUUGCUUGAAGCUUUUUUGAAAGCACAUGGAAAACACCCUCAAUUAAUGUUAACAGACCAAGAUCCAACGAUUCUACAGGCGGUAGAAGCAAUAUUUCCUAAUUCUAAUCACCGAUUAUGUUUCAGCGGAUUUUCUGAAAACACUGAUUUUCGAAAUCGUUUUACUAAGCUUGUUUGGAAUGUAUAUAUAGAGCCUAAAGUCUUUGAAUCAAGGUGGAAACUUCUUAUGAGAAAAUUCAAACUACAAGACAAAAGAUGGUUCAAAGACAUGUACAAUGAUCAAAAGCUUUGGAUUCCAGCCUAUUUUAAAGACAUGCCACUACAUGGUCUGAUGAAAACUACUUCAAGCAACGAAAUGGUCAACAAAAAACUAGAGCAUGAUACAAAAAAUGCAAAGCAUGAAAUGACGCUUCCAAAUGGAUUACUAGAACAUGCAGCUACGGUUUACACUAAAACCGUUUUCUAUGAGGUCAAAAAUGAAAUAUUUAAAGCAGACUGGUACUGUUCUGUUGAAAGCGUUGAAAUGAUUGAUGGGUGGCAAGUUGUUAUGAUUACACAAACGGAUAAGAGCAAACAGUUGAAGAUAAAAUGCAAGGUUGAACUAAAAUUGCCUGAAAAAGAAGUUAAAUGUUCAUGCAAUCAUUUUAUACGUACUUGCAUUUUGUGUCGACAUAUUUUUCCUGUCUUGAAAAACAACCAUAUUGAAGAGAUUCCAGAGCAGUAUAUUCUCAGAAGAUGGAGAAGGGAUGCAAUUUCAAGCCAUUUGCUUGCCAUGAAACAUGUUGCCAUGCAAACCGUAGAUGACACCUUUAAACUUCUAACAAAGGCUUACAGUAAUAUUGAAUACUGCUUGGAUCAUUUCAAAAGAAAUAAGGAGAAAUUGUUGGCUUUUGUUGAGAACACACGUAACUUGAAGCAGGCAGCAAUGGAAUUUGGUUGUUCAAACCAAUCAUCAUCUGAUAAUUAUAAAGAAGAAAUUAUUCGGAUGCUAGGAAUACGCAUCAUUCCUGAAGAAAUAAAUAUACAUCCACUUUCAUCAAUACGUACCAAAGGGAGUGGAACUAAGAAAAGAAUGGUUAGUGCCAUUGAGAAAGUUGUUGCAGCUGCAAAGAAAAAAACUAGAAUUUUGCACAGGUUGCAAUCAAUAUGUUAA